AUGAACGAGCUGAAACUAACUCGCGAGUUCGACAAUCAUUUUUUCUUGACGAAAAUCUGCAUGAUUUACAUUGGACUGUGGCCUUUGGACGGCGCUUGCAAUGACUUGAAGAGAAACUUGAAAGUCUUCACGGGGUACUUUUUCGUCGUGAGUUUGAUCCUGGUCGAGCUGUACGACAUAUACUUUUACUCUUCGGGUAGUAUCGAGGCUACCGCCGAAAUAGUCAUAACGAUGACUUAUGCGUUUGGCGGUCUCAUGAAAAUAAGCCAUUUUUUGAAAGAGUUCGGUGUCUUCAAGGACAUGUGGCACACGAUGCACGUCGACUGGACCGGCGUGCUCGGGAACGACCAAGAGAGAUCGUACAGGAGUCAUGUGAUGCGUCGAAUAACCAUCAAGACGCGGAAGUAUUGCCGCCAGUACGCCCUGCUGACGCUCGGCGCGGCCGUCAUGUACAUGACCAUGCCGUUCAUCGGCAACCAAGCUCAUCGAGUCAGGAAGUAUCCUUUCUUCGGCAGGUAUUACUACGAUGAUCAAUCCGACCUCGUCUACAUCCUUUGCUAUUUCAGUCAGGUAAUAACGGGCACAUUUUGCGCUACAACCAAUUACGCUUUAGAUACUUUAUUUCUCAUCUGUUCGUAUCACAUGUGUGCACAGUUAAAAAUUUUAAAGCACGAUUUGAUAAAAAUGAGCAAGGAAAAUGUGGCCCAGCGACUGACGUGCUUGAUUCGUCGACAUCAGAGAGAAAUAAGAAACGUCAAGAAAUUACAGAAAGUUUUUAGCAACGUGGGAUUUUGGCAAUUAUUCGUGGCUUGCGUGAUUACGUGCAUCAAUAUCUUCAAAAUGCUCAAUAGUCAAGCACUUGGAGAUGCCAUUUAUAAAUCUGGAUGGUUGGAUUUUCAAGGUAAUUACAAGCGGGACCUAAAAUUCAUGAUACAUCGAUGUCAAUUACCACUCACUAUUACUGCUGGCAAAAUCUACACCCUUUCAAUAGCAAAUUUUAUGGAGGUGAUUGUUAACUACAUAAUCUGUCAGUUAUCCAACCAAACUUGUCGAUUAUAA